UACACAGUGAAGAACUCAGGAGAAUUUGCGAACAUAAUCAGUAAAGAGACCAUCCCAACAGACGAAGCAAUGAUAUCCUUUGACGUCGAGUCGCUAUUCACCAACGUCCCUAUAGAAGAAACAGUACAGGCCGCGUUACAUAGACUCAACAACGAUCCGAGCCUACCAGACCGCACAGCGCUCACACCUACCCAGAUUGCAGACCUUCUAAAUUUCGUCCUGAGAUCCACAUACUUAAAGUACAACGGAGCACUCUACGAGCAACAAGAAGACGAUUUCCGCCGUAAUUGCCGAUCUAUACAUGGAAGCCUUCAAAGAACAAACCUCAGCUACAGCCCCAGAACCACCGAGAAUAUGGAAGCGCUAUGUAGAUGACACAUUCAUCGUCAUGAAACAGCACAACACGGAUAACCUUCUGAGCCACCUCAACCAACAACACCCGUAUAUCCGCUUCACCAUGGAAACUAAGAAUAACAACAAGAUCGCCUUCCUCGACAACCUCGUAACAAGGGAACCAGACGGCAAACUACUCACAAGUGUAUACAGAAAACCCACACACACCGACCAGUACCUCGCCUAUGAUUCGCAUCACCCACAAUCUGUUAAACGCGGUACUGUCAAAUGUUUACAUGACCGAUCUAAACGCAUCAUCACCAAGCCAUCUGGAACAGCCCAGGAGAAAAAAACAUCUAUCCACAGCUCUCGUCGCCAACGGCUACCCUCCGUCCUUCCUACAGAAGGUGACCAAAACCAGGAAUCCAACACCCAAGAGGGAAACAACAGAAUUCAAGUAUACCGCAGUACUGCCAUACAUCAAAGCGGUCUCAGAACCCCUCCGCCGCCAGCUACAGCAACAAGGAAUACGCGCCGUCUUUAAAUCCGACACCGCACUAACACCUCGGCUGGUCAGAACAAAAGACCCCGCUGACCCAAACAAGCAAGAUGGCGUAGUCUACAAGAUACCAUGCACAUGCGACAAAGUCUACAUCGGGGAAACAGGACGACCCAUGCAAGCGAGAAUGAAAGAACACGACAGGGAUAUACGACUCGCACGCACUCAGAAUUCUGCGGUUUCAGAACAUGCCAACCGAACCGGACACAAGCCGCUGUGGAACGAAACCACGCUUAUUGACCGAGAAAGCCAUGAGUACACAAGGAAAGUGAAGGAGGCAAUUCACAUAAGACUCAACCCAAAUUACAUAAACAGGGACAUCGGAGCCGAAAUACCGGAAGUAUGGAUGUCUAAAAUAAGGAAACAUCUACACCAACGACGCACGAAAA